UGCUGUGAGUGUGGGAGUCCCAGGCAGGCUCGCUAUGCAAGGCAGGCAAUCCUCCGCACAGGCUCAGUCCAGCUCCAUCCAGCUCACUACUUCUCCUGCCCCAGCACGGAUCAUGCCAUGUGCUGAGCUGUGCGGACACAAUUAAAGUGCUAUUCCAUUCCUCAGGUGCCUCCAUGCUCCUCCGGCCGAGCCGGGCUCCCCCAGCGCAUGGUAUGCGUCCUCUAUGCACGGAGCGGAGCGCUGCUGUAGAGGUGGCGUCGGUGAGCGCUGCCAGGAGUUGAUGAUCACAUGGAGGGAUAGCAUUCGCUCCUCGCUGCUGAUGGAUGGGGGUCUCCUCCGGCCGGUGUGAUGAUGGGACAGUGAGGGGGGAGGGGUGCACACACUGAGCUCACUCACAUACAAGUGAUUUGGGCUUUUUUUCCCUUUUCUUUUCUGCAUUGGACAGAACACAUCGCCGGCUCCCCGCUCAGGAUGGACGGAUAGCCGCGUCCCUGCGCCGCUCCAGGGAGCUGGAUUUGGCUCACCAACCCCUAAAUAUGGCUUGCGAGAAUUCCCCAGAAUCGGGCGCCCCGGAGAGGAAGAACCCCAACCUGCUGGACCUGGGAGCUCUGUGCUUGGACUCUGACAUCAUUUUUGGAUUUACCAGCCACCUGCUGAGGAGGAGAGCAAAGAUUGCAGACAGGUUCCCAGGCAGGGAGAUUCCAGCACCCAGGAAAAGGUUGCACUCUGUGGAUGAAGCUCUGCAGGGCAGUCGUCCCCCUCCCGAGGGGGCUGGGGCAGCCUCUCUAUCAGAGCUGGGGCACACCGAGGGGCUUGGGGUCGGAGAAUGGUGCCCGUAUUGUCAAGCCAAACUGGCAGAACUGAAGAAGCAAGCCCUCAAGCUGGCUGUGCCUGGCUCCACCAUGAAUGCCCAGUUUUCAGCUUUAAUUUUCGACAAGCUCCAAGUGCCUGACUAUCUGCAGAAAAGCAGGAAUGAAGGGGAGAGCCGGUGUGACGUCUGCGCCACUCACCUGAAUCAACUCAAGCAGGAAGCCGUGCAGAUGAUCCAAACUAUCAAUCGGGCUGGAUGCCUGCCAGAUCUCCUGGAUCGGCCCCAAAGUUCAGUGCCCGUGGCCACUGUCCUUCCCAGGCUCUCACCCCAGAAUGUGGUGACCAUGUCCUCGCAGAAGGAAUUCCUGAUGAUUGCAGGGCAGGUGGGUAGACAGUCUGGAAAAUCCACAAAUAUUUUCUCUGGAACAGAGAGAAAGAAAGGACAUGGAUGGCCCCAAGGGCAGGGGAAUUUCCCGAGUUCCAGUGUGCAAGUGACGGUAGGCCCCAGUGGCCUUGGUGGGGCUUUGAGUUCAGUCACCAUACAGGCCCAGCAAUACCUAGAGGGAAUGUGGAGCAUAUCACGGGUCAAUAGUUUCCUUCCAUCUUCAUGCCAUCCUGACUCUACAUCCACGGACGGGGGAAGGGAGAUCAACAAUGCUGAGUCUUCUUCAGGGCCUAAUCACACUGAGCAGACCAUGGCAGGACAGUCUCAGCAAUGGAUAUCACCAACUGCAGAGGCUUCUGGGACAUCAGCCGCGGCUUCCUUCUUCAUAAGAGCGGCGCAGAAGCUCAACCUGUCCUCGAAGCGCAAGAAGUACCAUCCGCCGCUUCCGCACUCCAGGGAAUAUUCCAGUUUCCUGACCAACUUCAGUGGCAUUCUUCAGCUUUGUCCACCGCCAACUCCUCCAUGUUUGAUGAGAGCAGUGUCGAAAAUCAAAGACAACCCCGGCAUGGGAAAGGUGAAAGUAAUGGUGAGAAUCUGUCCAUCACAAGGGAUCCAUGACACAUCAGAAUCCAUGUCUUUUUUAAAAGUUGACCCGCGAAGGAAACAGAUCACUCUAUAUGACCCACCUACAUGUGGCCCCACCAUGACAGGCCACAGAAGAGCUGUGGUUGCCGUCCCAAAGAUGUUUGCCUUUGAUUCAGUGUUUCCUCAAGAUGCUUCACAGGCAGAAGUUUGCUCUGGGACCGUGGCGGAAGUCAUUCAGUCUGUUGUGAACGGUGCAGAUGGAUGCAUAUUUUGCUUUGGUCAUGUCAAGCUUGGUAAGACCUACACCAUGAUUGGUAAAGAUGCCUCUACACAAAGCCUUGGCAUUAUCCCUUGUGCAAUCUCUUGGCUUUUCAAGCUAAUCAAUGAGAGGAGAGAAAAGACCGGCACUCGCUUCUCAGUCCGAGUAUCUGCUGUGGAAAUCUGCGGCAAGGACGAAAACCUUAAAGAUCUGCUAGCUGAAGUAGCCACCGGUAGCCUUCAAGAUGGUCAAUCCCCAGGAGUCUAUCUCCGAGAAGAUCCAAUAUGCGGCACUCAGCUUCAAAACCAGAGUGAGCUGAGAGCCCCCACAGCAGAGAAAGCCGCUCACUUUCUCGAUGCGGCCCUAGCGGCAAGAAGUACCAGUAAGCCAGAUUGUGAUGUAGAAGAUAGAAGGAAUUCACAUAUGCUUUUUACUCUUCACAUAUACCAGUACAGGAUGGAGAAGACUGGCAAAGGAGGAAUGUCAGGAGGACGCAGCCGUUUGCACCUUAUUGACCUUGGGAGCUGUGAAAAAGUGUUGAGUAAAAGCCGUGAAGGUGGAGGCGGUUUAUGUCUAUCGCUUAAUGCGCUGGGCAGCGUCAUAAUGGCCCUAGUGAAUGGAGCCAAGCACAUCCCAUAUAGGGACAGCAAAUUAACUAUGCUCCUGAGGGAAUCUCUGGGGAAUAUUAACUGCCGAACAACCAUGAUUGCACACAUCUCGGAUUCUCCUGCAAAUUACCCAGAAUCCCUUGCCAUCGUUCAGCUCGCUUCAAGGAUUCAUCGAAUGAGAAAGAAAAAAUCCAAGUAUGCAUCAAGCUCGUCUGGAGGAGAAAGCUCCUGUGAAGAAGGUCGUGCACGAAGACCACCACACAUGAGACCCUUCCACCCAAGGACGGUAGCACUUGAUCCAGACUUUCCUGGGUUGGGAAUGCAUAGUGAUCCCGACUAUUCCUCCAGUAGUGAACAGUCCUGUGACACCGUUAUCUAUGUUGGUCCCAAUGGAGCUGUUUUGUCUGACCAGGAGUUAACAGACAAUGAAGGUCCUCCAGAAUUUGUUCCCAUCAUACCUUCACUUCUUAAGAAAAUAAGCAAAGACAACAUAUCUAGCCUUCGAAGUGCUGAUAAUCAUUUAAAAUGCAACACUUUUGCCGAGCUACAGGAGAGACUUGAGUGUAUUGAUGGCAGUGAGAAUCCUUCCAGGUUCCUUAACGAAGAAGCUCUCUCAGUAGCUAUUUCUAAAGCCAUGGAAAAUGCACACUCUAUGCCAGUACAGGAGAAACCACCAUGUUCUCCCAAGAAAGGGCAAGUAAGUACUGAUUCAUCUGCUUUUUCACAAAACUGUUCAGGAUCGGAAACAAGUGCACCUCAUCUCAUAUCUGAUCAGCCUCAAGAACAUGCCAAAGCCGAAAGUACACGUAUGGACUGUUUCUCAAAUGGAGAUCAGUUGACAAUCACAGAAAGGCAAACGUGCCCACUGUCAAGUGCUGGCAAAUAUAAAGAGCAACCAAAACCAUUUGCUGAUUCAUCAGUGAGAGAAAAAAGCCUCCUUACAAGAAGACCUCUACCCAGUCCUGCACCACCACCUCCUCAGAUGAACUCAUAUAUGACCUCAGAAUCAAGCAGUGGUGUCAGAACUCCUCCCAUUGGCAUGAGCAAGCUAAGAAGUCAGGACAAGCACAAUUUAGUAGGCAGCACACUCCCGGUUAUUAGUAGCACUCCCAAACAAUCUGGUCCAGUUGAGGUACGCAGGUUUUGCUCAGCAGUAAAAAGCAAAGGUUUUGAUCGUGAUAUCUUAACUACCACAGUGACUUUGCAGAAGCCUGUUGAACUUAAUGGAGAAGAUGAACUUGUUUUCACUGUUGUAGAAGAGUUGUCUAUUGGUGGUAUUCUUGACAAUGGUAGACCUUCUAGCGUCAUUAGCUUUAACAGUGACUGUUCUCUGCAGGCUCUUGCCUCUGGCUCUAGACCAGUCAGUAUUAUUAGCAGUAUUAAUGAUGAGUUUGAUGCCUACACAUCACAUAUAUCCACUGCUGGUGUCAACAUUGAUAUUGUGGUCCCCUUGGCAGAGGAUCAAUGCACAGUCAGCAACCGACGUUCAUCCAUUAGUUCAUGGCUAAGUGAAGUCAGCAUUUGUACAAUUAGAAGCGAUGGAGCACAGAACUGUGACACUUUGCUUCCUCAAAUGACUAAUAAAAGCAGUGAGAUUGUAGAUUGCCUGAAUUUGGAUUCAGAGAACACAAAUGUUCAAAUGGACCAGAAUCUCAAAAAUUACCUUAAUGAUAGUGGGUUUUGCUUUUCCGAAAUGGACAGUGAAAGUAUUGGUUCUGGUCUGCUUUAUACUAGCAAUGAGAAGAGCCUUAAGACCUCUGAGCUAACCAAAGCUAUGCCAAGCAGUUAUCAAGCAACUAGCCAGACUAGAACUUGUAGCACCCGGGGUACAUUAUCAUUUGACACAAUCCACUCUAGUCUUCCUCGGAAAAAUAAGUCUACCUCAUCUGUUACACACAGUAGUGCAUUGAAUGAAAAGGAAGGCACUUUUGAGGAUCCUUGGACAGCACGAAUGGAUAAUUUAUUGGAAGGACGGACUGAAAACCAGCCUUAUUCUGCAAAAUCUUCCAUUCUGGGUACAGACAAUCAAUUUAAACAGAGUUCAAAACUUGCACAAACUAGCACACCUAAGGCUCUGAAAUCCCAGAUGAUGCUGGCAUGUUCACAACGGGUUGUGGAUGGCUGUGAAGUGGAUGCCAAAGCUACCACCAAAAAGACAGAACCCCUUACAAAAGUGCCACAACUUAGGAGAGGUGCCACAACUCUAGGAGUUACAACAAAUUACAGCUCUCAAACUGAACAUAGUACUAAAGGGGGGUUGGAUUCCGUUUUUUCUGAUAGUAGUUUAAAAUCAUCAGGGACUAAGAAGAACUUGCAUCAAAAAGCAAGUAUGCUGCCAAGACCUGGUGGGACAGGACCCCCUGCACCCCCUGUACGAAAAUCAAGCUUAGACCAUAAAAAUAAUCCCCUGCAUUCAAACAGCCUUAGUAGGUUAGAAGAGUGUAGCCGGUCUACUCUGAAUUUGGAAGAGGACAGUGAAACACAGGUCAGCAAAGUAACCAAGAAUGACCAUUCGCUACCCAAAGCUGUAUCCAGCUUAAAGAGCAAGUCCAAUAAAUCAGAAUAUGUCCAACGCUAUGGAAGUCACAUGUCCCUGGAAAGAUGUGAGAGCGUUGCAUCCAUGGGCUCGAGAACUAGUGGGCCUCGUGAUAACACUAGUGGAAAUAGUAUUAACAAGGCAAACCGAACUGUACCAAGGCUUGGGGUUCCAUCUGCAUCCAGCAUAGUUACCUCACUGCCUUCCUGCAAUCCCACCACCAAAAACAACCAGGCUAAAAGUUCACUUUCUCAAAAAGCAACAACAAGCUUGACUAAGAACCGUAGUCUUUCAACCAAUGGCUCAAAGUCUCUUAGCUCUUCAGUGAAGUCUUUGAACCAGUCUAACGGGAAAGGUUCUGGUAUUCCUCCUAGUGGGAAAGCAGUUUCCAGAUCUGUACAGUGCAUCAGCAGCAAGUCUGCCAGAGGAACCAUUAUGGGGACUAAGCAAGCUUUAAGGGCAGCCAACAACCGCGUCAAUGAGUUGGCAUCUGGCAGCUCUGGCAAAAUAGGUCACCUUCGGGGAUCGACAGACUCUGACAGUGGAAAUGACAGCGGUGUUAAUCUUAGUGAUGAGAAAUCGCAAACACCUGUUUUACCAUCACCUUAUAGCAAGAUAACAGCCCCAAGGAGACCCCAGAGAUACAGCAGUGGUCAUGGCAGCGAUAACAGCAGUGUUCUCAGUGGGGAGCUGCCCCCAGCAAUGGGUAGAACAGCCCUCUUCUAUCACAGUGGGAGCAGUGGCUAUGAGAGCAUGAUCCGUGAUAGUGAAGCCACCGGGAGUGCCUCUUCAGCUCAUGACUCAAUGAGCGAAAGUGGAAUGUCGUCAUCUGGACGGUUGAGGAGCUUAAAAUCUCCAAAGAAAAGAGGACUUCAACGCAGAAGACUAAUUCCAGCUCCGCUCCCUGAAGCCACAACAACAGGCAGAAAGAACAAUGUCACUGGUCAGUGGGUCGACCUGCCUCCUUUACCUGGCACUUUAAAAGAACCCUUUGAAAUUAAAGUCUAUGAGAUUGACGAUGUGGAAAGAUUGCAGAGGCACCGACAUGAGGAGACAGAGACUUUUCAAGAUAUGGAAAAGGGUCUAAUGUACUUCAACACUAAACUGAAAGUUGCAGAAAGACGACAACAGAGAAUUCGAGAUUUAAAGGCAAAGCAUGAGCUGUUAAAAGAAGAGUUGGAGGAGACCAAGACUCGAUUGAUGAUGGAUCCGAACAAGUGGACAGGACAGUUUGAGGUGGAACCAGGACUUGAGGAGGAAUCUCAGGAGUAUCUAGAGGCGCUGGAACAAGUCACAGAAGACCUGGAGCUCUGUGUUAAUGUAUGCAAAUCUCACGUCAUGAUGGUGACCUGCUUUGAUAUUGGGAUGAUCACAGAUCAGCAAGAUGGAGGGAAAGAAGUGGAAGUCUGAAAGAGAUGGACACAGAAGAAUAUGAACUAAUGGACUUGAGAAUGAAGAUUUUUGGGAAUGAUCCUGCACAGUGCAAUGAAAAAAAAUUAACAAAUGUACAUCGGAAUGUGAAAAUGUAAAAUUGUAAAGAAUGUUAUUGGAUUGAAACCGAUGAUGGAUUGUAAUGUUUCACAAUGAAUACGGUGCCUCUAGACGUGGUUUAGCCUACUUGAGCAGUCUAGUUUUGCUUUGGAACCAACUCCAACUUGACUUCGAGUGGCCUCUGUAAUGGAGCAUUUAAAGGACCUGAAGCUUUGAAGCCAAAUGGAAGGCAAUGGGAUGCCUGCCCUGGUCAAGGCUCCAGUUAAAGGGGUUUUCCACCUUCAAAUUGCAACUAUAGAGGGAAUGGUUUAUGGUUCUAGAGAAUAUUAAUCUUGUAGAAAGUACCAAGGUUGUUCCAGAAUAGUAGUCUGACAUAUUUACUUUAGAUCCCAUAGCAACAUGAGGCCAGGUUUCAAACAUUUGCUUGUUUCUAACCUGUUUGAAGCCCAUUUACACUUCUGUCAAUGCAUGUUACAUCAAUUGGUACAAUGUGGUGUCAUUUGUUCUGAAUGGAACCCUAAGACGCCUUGAAAACAAAAUUGCUCUGCAGUGAGCGGCCUAAAAUUAGCUGCAGUCAGCUUUUUUGAUGCAUUAGGCAGCCUAUUCAAAUGAAUAGACUGCAUUAACACAAAGUGAAUUAAUGCACCGCAAUAGUGUGAAUGGGCUUUUAGAAGGUUUUUUUCAAAGGCCCCGCUUAUUCACAGUCGCAUGGAAAAGUUCAGCCAGCUUCUGUCGGACAUGCAUGCUGGAAAACCAGCAGCCAGUCGACUCCCGACCAGUGCUCUUAGCCAGUGGCCUGUCCCCUUGUCAGAACACAAUAGCUCAGUGGGGGAGAUCACCGAACUAACUUGUCAUGUUUAGUACAGAAGCUCUGACCAGAACCCACCUGCGGGGUUGCACGAAAAUAAACUAAUAGUGUGUACCCGACUUUAGGUCUUGUUUACAGCAGCAGUGUCAUGAUACAUUUGAUACAAGUCAAAAUCCAUUGUUUUCAAAAGGACUUGUUCACAUCAACAAGUUGUAUUAAAGCUGAUCAUAGAUGGAUCGAAAUUCGGCCAGUUCAGCAGAUAUAACGACUGUUGUAAAAUUUCAAUUCAGCUGCAGGGCUGAUUAGUGUAUUCAGACAGUAGAGGAGACCCUGCUGUCAGAAUACAUUGGCAAAGCAAGAGGAUCCCUUCAUCCACCUUGCUUGUUUGGGGUUUUGCUGGCUGAUUGGGAAAAAAAAAUGACCCUAUCCCUGGGCAGCCUGUAUGCUGAUUUUUUUUCAAAUGCAUAUUGAUACAGUUCUUUCAAAUUCUCAACACAGCCAAGAUGGACACCAAUGCAAAGCAUGUUAACACAUGAGCUAUAGUGUGAACGAGCCGUUAAGCUAGCCGCACACAGACUUUUCCAAUUACCUUAUUGCUUACAUGCAAAUCCACUCUUCAGUGAUCUCCCAUUUAUGACCCCAGCAGUAACGGUUAUCUCUAGCUAAUCUUUCCUUAUCGCCAUAAAAAAUAAUAGGAGGACAAUAUAUAUAUAAAAAAAAAAUCUCUUUUGACUCUAGCAUUAGUGUUCCAUUGUUUACAGCCAGGAAUGGGGGAAGGGAGUAUUGCACAAUAAAUGCCAAACUUGCAUAUAAUGUGCAAUAAACUUGGACUUUAGUCACAAUGUUAGAUCCUUCUGUAAUGAAGAUUGUCCAUUUUAUAUGAACUAGCAGUCUAUAAAAUUUUAGUAGAAUUCAGCAACCUAUCAGAAAUUACCUUUAGGAAGCCUUUGGGCAAUACGUUAAAGCAAAGGCUAUAUAAAGCAGUUUAUGUAUUACCAUCUUUACCAAAAGCUUUAGGCCCCAUGUACACUGCUGCUAAACGGAUGUUCAGAGGCAGUUGGACACUUUUUUCAACUGCCCCUGACCUCGAUGUUAUCUUAUGUGUACAUGUACACAGGUUUGUUUACUGCUGUUUUUAGGCAGCUGAGUUUAUAGGCCAAAAAAUGAGUUCAGACGCCAAAGUUUCAGAUGCCAAACAUGGCUAAACGCAGUAACCCACGUUUAGCCGCCUUUCAUUUAUAGGCAUUUUUCUUUUUUGCCCAUUUAAAAAAAAAAUAAACGAUUCUACAACACAAACGCGGCAAAACAGGCGUUUUUAACGUGGGUUACUACCUGUCAAGUUAAAUCGUUAAGGAGAGGUUGUAAAAACAUCCUACGUACAUGAAGCCUUAGAAUAGAUUGCUCAUGCAGGAUAUCAGUGAACUUAUAUUUGGGCUCAUUGACACCAGGGCAGUUCACACACUGGUACAUUUAAUGCAGGUGUUAAGGCAACCCAUUCAAAUGAAUAGGCUGCCAACAAACUUCAGUUGGCCAAAAGUCAAACAUGCACCAUGGUUGGUGAGCACAGCACACUGCAUGCACAGUAGUGUGUUACGGCCCUUAAUUUCUCUUGGAUCUAUGAAAUUAAUGUUUCAUAUCUCUGCCUUUCUUUGAACUAGGUGGAGUUACAAACAUAUGGAACAUUCAGUAAAGACCCUUUACUUCUUAAAUUUUGAAUUCUAAUUUACGUUGGUAAAGAGAACAUUGCCUAAUAAAAAAAAAACUAUUUAAUACCUGAACUCUAAAGUCCAUAUAAGUGAUUGCAAGCCCUUAAACUUUUGUCCACUGAUUAAAAUCAACCGCUUCUAAAAAAUGGUGAGGUCCAAGGCAUCUUGAGACAUGCUAGGUUUUUAACUGAAGCACAAUUUCAAAGAGCAAAGUCAAUGCUUAUUUUUGCGUUUUGCACAUAAUUAUCAAAUAAAACCUAUAAUAAUAUUGUUUCUCAUGUAUGGUAGUAGAUGCUAGCACUGUUUAUGGACUUGUUUGUUGAUGGCACAGAGGCCUAAUAUUGCUUAGGACAAUAGCGAUGAAGGGGUCUCUAGGAGUAGCAGCCAAGCCAUUCAACUGAUUACUAUUGUUUGGAUGCUCCAUAGAUUUAUGGUAGCAAACCUCUUUUUUCCAUCGUUCAUUGAGGGAUACCACUUCAUUCAUGAGCUGUGUGGGUUGAUCUAAUCACUUGCAGAAGGAUGUGACCUACAAACAAAAAGCAACCAACGCCCUCUCCAAGUUAAAUCCUAGCAUCCGAGUAGUUAAGAUGUUCCUUGUCCAUUUCAUUGAUUCAAGGGUUUUUCUUAAUUUUAUGGUAUUUGUGCUUUCUUUCUGCCCAUCAUGGGGUAAGGCAUGUGGAUGUCCCACCCAUCUAAUGAAUGAAGCUGUCUACAACACUGAAUGAUGGAGAAAAUAGAAUUGUACUAUUCAUAGUAAAGUUCAUUGAGAGACAUAUGUCCUAUCCCUCUGGUUGUUGGUGGAAAAACCCCUUUUUUAGAAAUCUUUUACAGAGAGCCAGUCAACCCAUUACAAAGCCAGUGGUACCCGUGGGUGUCAACAGGAUCAGAAAAGGAACAUGGUUUUAAAAAAAAUGUGUGUUUUAUGAAAAAAAAGUGCCUUGUUUUCAUAUGAAUUUUUUUAUUUUAUUUGGUGCUAAAAUGAAAAGCCAGCAAACCUAAGCAGACCAUUAAAUGUAUCAACAUUUAUAUUGUACAGUAUAUGUAAAAUUCCUUUGUAAAAAGUACAAAACAGAAACACUGUAGCAGGAGCAAUAAUUGAUUCUGUUUCCAUACCUGAAUUUGCCUUCUAAUUUCACUGAAAAGCUGGUUUUAUGCAGCAAAAUAAAAAAAAAAACGUAUUUUGUACCUGGUUAAACAAACUACAACAAUGAAAAAACAAAUUAAACACUUGUAUUAAAAAAAAAAUGCAAAACAUUUUUGAAAUUCUGUUUUCUACCACUCCAUAACCAACUGAAAGAACCUUUCUUAUGGGAUUUGCAAGAUGGAAAUGUUAAUUGCAGAUGGAUGUGUAAUAUUUUUACUCUGCGAUGGUUCCAAAAAGCAUGUUAACUUUAUUGUUUGUUUGUUUUUUGUUUUUUAUCUAACGAUACUGCUUAUGCAUUUUGUAAUCCAUUUUUUUACAGUUUUUCUAUGGAAGGCAAAAACUCAGGUCAGACCUAUAUAGAUGCUGCAUGUGAUGUGUGCAUUUUUCUGUUUUGUAUGAAAUGGCUAAGCACCGACUGCUGUAUGAUUGCCAUUUGCCAAACACUUUGCAAAAGGUUUACGCGUGUAUGUAUUAUUACAUUUCAUAUGGAGUCAUAUUUUCUGAUCAUCUUGUUUUUUAUAUGGGGUUUACAAAACCUUUGUAUAAAUGUACAAUACCUUACUUAAACUUUUAUCUGUGAAUAAAAGAUACAUUUAUUAAUA